GGAUGCGGAAGUGAGCGCCCCGCGCACUCUUCAGGAUGUAAACAACACAUACAGUGAGAUUCUUUGAACUUGUGAUCAUAUUCUUCAUGCAGUGAUCGUGUUUCUCUUUGUCAGCUGAUAAUGUUGCAGUUGUGCUUGUGUGAAAGAUUUAUGACCUCAUCAGUGUGAAACAACAACCCCACCAUGUCAAGGAAACAGUUGGGGAAGCCCAUAAGAGGAAACCGAAAGUGUGAAUUAGAGAAGAAGAGAGAUGAGAGGGCAGCCCGCAGAGCUCUGGCGAAAGACAAGAAGAACAGACCUCCAGGAGAUGAAGGGGAGGAGUUUGUCAGCUUCUCCAAUCAGCUUCAAGCUCUGGGUCUCAAACUGAGAGAGGUGCCUGGAGAUGGUAACUGUUUGUUCCGAGCUCUUGGAGAUCAGCUAGAAGGCCAUUCACGAGGUCACCUGCAUCUGCGACAGGAGACGGUACUGUACAUGACAACGCACAGGCAGGACUUUGAGCCAUUCCUUGAAGAUGAUGUGCCAUUCGCUCAACAUUUGUCAAACCUCUCCGAGCCGUGCAUGUUUGCUGGCAAUGAUGCCAUAGUGGCCUUUGCUCGCAGCCAACAAGUGAAAGUGGUUAUUCAUCAGCUGAAUGCUCCAUUGUGGGAGAUAAAUGGUACAGAGAAGCCGUCAUGCCGUGAGCUUCACAUCGCUUAUCGCUAUGGAGACCACUAUGACAGUGUCCGAAAAAUAGGAGAUAACUCUGAGAGCCCAGCGCAUCUAUGUAUAGAGAAUUUGAAUAAUUCUAGACGCUUUGGAGAGGGUCAGAAGAAGCAGAGAGACGCCUCCCCCGCCAGAUCUGUCUCUGAAGAUGAAGAGCUGAUCAUGAGUUUGCUCUGCGCUGACAGCCAAUCAGAGAAUCUGUGUCAAUCAAGUGCCACAUCACAGAAGUGCCAAAGUGAUUGGCUGGAGUCUGAACUGAAUUACCAAUCAGCACAGAGAGACUCUGCAUCAGGGACACACCCUCUUUGUCAGGGCAUACAAGCUGAAUGUAGUGACAAUGUAUCGCCAGCAGAUGGCAGCAGCUCACACAAACCCAAGCUCUCUAGCAAACAAAGAAAAGAGCAACAGCGCUUGGAAAAGAAGAAACGUCAGGAGGAGAGACACAGACAGAAGGUUUUGCAGGGGAGAGGGGCACAUGACCAGAAUCAGAACGUAGCAGAACCUGUGACUCUUGUGCCAGCGCUUAACACCCUGAGCAUCUAGAUCAAACAUGGGCAUAACUGACUCUGAGAACGGUUAAAAUGAAUGAGGAACUUUCUUGUAGUUUAUUGUACAGUGAACUGUGCUGAAUGAUUUGAGAGUGUUUCUUUAGCAUGAAGGUGGCAUGUCAAGAUUGGUCGAGCUGUACACUCUCCUUGAGAUUGCAUUUUUGUGAGGAAUAUUCUUUUAAGUCAAAAAUGAACCGAAACUACUUUCAGUUAAUCCAUCUGAACUCAUCCGAAAAAUAUUGAGAGAAGCAAGAGAUUAAUUAAGAUUAAUGAUGGACGUAUGGUUAAACCUUAAUCCUAUAGAAAACUUUGGUUCCAUCCAUAUUUUCGGUUUCUAAACGCUCCUCGUGUAAAAGAGCAUUUCAUUUAUCUUGGUUUGAGUUCAUCUUUUUUUUUUUUUUAAAUUAAGCAUCCUCAUACUACGGUGAAUCCAACAAAUAAAUGGGAGAAACUUUUCAAAUGGGA